CGCUGCACGGCGCGGGCCUUCUUCCCAGGUCUGCCGGUCCGGACCCAGAGAACCUCGGCCCCCGGCCCGUCCACAGUCAGGGGACUAUGAUCGUCAAGCGCAGCCUUGACUUUCUGCUGGGCUUCUACUUUCUCUCCCACAUCCCCAUCACCCUGUUUUUGGACCUGCAGGUGGUGCUGCCGCGACAAUUAUACUCGGUCAAGCUCAGAAACCUGCUGGCUUGGUAUGCUGAAGAGUUCAAAGACCCUCUGAUACAGAGCACCCCAGUGUGGUUCCAGUCCUUUGUGUUUUGUGAGCUUUUGUUUCAGCUGCCCUUCUUUCCCGCUGCAACAUAUGCCUUCUUCAAAGGAAAUUGCAAGUGGAUCCGUAUGCCUGCAAUCAUCUACUCAGUUCACACCCUGACAACAUUAAUUCCAAUUCUCUCCACAUUUCUAUUUGGGGAUUUCUCCAAAGCCAGUGGUUUCAAAGGAGUAGGUCCUGAGAGUUUCCAUGAWCGAAUAACCCUCAUGGCCAUCWAUGCCCCCUACUUUAUCGUUCCCUUCAUACUUCUGUUGUUCAUGUUGAAGAACCCCUACCGCGAGGAGAAAAGAAAGAAAAAAUGAGGGAAACAAUCACUGACCCAGGAAGAGACAUUCACAGGGCAGUUGCCCCUUUUGACCCAAUACAAGAAAAACUACUCUGAACCCAUGUCUUCAGUAGYAUUUGAAACAUGAACAGCAGUACUUAAGAGCAAGAUGGUGGCAAGAGCCACGUCAAACCUUUAUCUUCCAAGGGAUGAACAGAUUCAUCAGCAGGGGUGGGAGGCAAAGCAGGGUGGGGGGCAAAGGAGAGUGGGCUGUCGUUGAAAAGUCGUGCCAAAUACCUUAUCAUGUGCCCAAGUUCCAUUGCAGGACCAGACCAGAAACUGAGUAAGCUCCCUCAAGACAUGGCCUCCUUGACUCAUUCAUGAGGUAUCUGACCCACAGCAUAUACACAUGACUGAACCUUUGACUCAUGAUUCACUGUAGCCUAUCAAUCACCAAUCCAAAAAUAGUGGAGUGGUUUCAGACCAUUCAAAUUAGAAAUUGUGCCUCUUUAAUAUUCAUUAAAAACCAUGUUUUCUUGGCCCUACCUCUAC